CUUGGAUAGCGAGAUGAAAUCUAAGAUAUCUGAUUUUGGCUUAGCUAGAAUCUUCGGUUCCAACGAAACUCAAGCAAACACAAACAGGGUUGUUGGCACAUAGUAAGUAUAGAUUAACCACAUUUAUGUAUCAACUAAUUUAUGUUUAUUGGUUUUGUUGACAAUUUUGUAAUUAAUUGGUUCAGUGGCUACAUGUCUCCCGAAUAUGCUUCUGAGGGUCUUUUCUCAGUUAAAUCUGAUGUCUUUAGCUUUGGCGUCUUACUUCUUGAGAUCGUUAGCGGAAAGAGAAAUGCUGGUUUUCACCAAUAUGGGAAUCAUCUUAACCUCCUCGGAUACGCAUGGGAGGUUUGGAAAGAGGGGAGAUGGCUUGAACUCAUAGAUCCAUCACUAGAUGGUAGUUCCGAAACAUAUGAGAUAUUGAGAUGCAUUCAUGUGGCAUUAAUGUGUGUUCAAGAGAAUGCUGCGGAUCGACCCACCAUGUCGGAUGUGAUUGUGAUGCUAAACAGCGAUAGUACGAGCCUACCAGAUCCAAAGCAACCAGCUUACUUCAAUGUGAGAAUCAUGGAUGAAGCAGAGAUGGCAUCUGAUUUCAUCGUGCCUGUUAGUGAAAAUGAGAUUACUUUUACUGGUCUAGAAGGUCGAUAAUGCUACUUCAGUUGUCUUCUUCUUCCUUUUUCUAAUUUGGUUUUCUUUUCGAGAUAUUAAAGUUCGUAUCGGCAUUAUCAGUUAUCCUAUUGUCGUAUUAGAUA